AUGCCGAACACCAAGAUCGUCCACGUCCCCCAUCUUGGGGGCAUCGAUGCCUCCUACCAGAUGCCCUACCCAUAUGACCCAAAGAAGCCAACUCUGGUGCUGGUGAAUUCGUUCACGACUGACUCAGAGCUCUACCGCGAACAGUAUGGCAACAAGGAAUUGACCGACACCAUGAACCUGUUGGCUAUUGAGCUGCUAGGCCACGGCCAGACUCGCACCAAGCGUGAGAACUGGACUUAUUGGGACACGGCCGAGAUGAACUUGCAGGUGCUGGACGCCCUUGGUAUCGACAAGGCUUUCGUGCUGGGCACGAGUCAGGGUGGCUGGAUCACGGUGCGGAUGGCACUGCUAAGGCCGGAGAAGAUCGCCGGUAUCAUCCCCCUGGGAACCUCUCUGGAUUAUGAAUCCGAACGCACCCGCCAGCUCAAGUGCUGGGACGGCCCCGGUGAUCUCCGUCCAAACAUCGAGCGUUGGACGACCAACGAGUCGACCCCGGAUUUCGAGCCGCACCUUGAAUACUGCGACUUCCUGGUCGACAUUGGUUUCAACAAGGACUGUCCCAAGGAGACACGCGAGUACUGGCGCAACAGGAUUCGAGAGAACUACCGUGGCGACGACGGCCGCAGAAGAAUCCGCAUGGCUGCAAUCAACCUUUCGGAGCGCGAUGGGCUGCAUUCUCGUGUGUGGGAUGUGCGAUGCCCGGUGAUGUGGCUGCAUGGUACCAAGGAUGCUGUGUAUUCCGUAGCCAACGCCCAGCACGAGAUCAAGUUGUUCAAGAACUCCCCCGACGCACAGCUGGUGACCAUCGAAGGCGGCGCUCACUUCCUGAGUGCAUCCCACCCUAAGGAAGUCGACAAUGCAUUGAUCUCUUUUGUCACCAAGUACAGCAAGUAG